AUGGAACAUCGUAACGUAACUAUCCGAAAGGACGUGGUUCUUAGUCCUCAGAACUCUCCACCAAGUACCAUGCAGCUCUCUCUUGUCAUCUUGUGCCUGGCUUUUGCCAGUGCCCGCGCGCUCCAGGCGUGUACAUCGACGGCGGAUUGUCGAUGUCCCCAUUUCCCACCAGGCAUGAAAGCUUUCUGUUCCAACGGAGCAUGUCAUUGCCACACAGGAUCAUCGUGUACAACCGCUGCCGACUGCACCACAUGUCACCAGCACGAGAGAACCACGUGUGAACAGGAUGCUCCUGGCGUUAGUUUCUGUCACUGCAACGGUCACGAAGCUCCACCAGCCAUGCAAACAUGCACGACCGCCGACACGUGCCACGACUGUCCUAAUACAGCUCUCAAUAAGAUAUGCCACAAUGGUGAAUGUCAAUGCCAUUUCGACAACGAAUGCGAGGGUCCUAAAGACUGCUACACCUGCCCGCCACAUACCCGGAAUGUGACCUGUGAGGCCAAUAACUGCCAUUGUGAUGGACAUCAGGCCCCACCAAAGGCUCCAACCUGCACUUCCAUCAGUCAGUGCCCAACGUGUCCAGAACAAAAUAUGACACAGGCCUGCCUAAACGGGGAAUGCCACUGCCACUACCCAGGAGAGUGUAAAGCGGCUUCCGACUGCAAAACCUGUCCACCCCAUGUGACCACCGUCACAUGCGAUGAUGAUGGCACCGGUGACAUGUACUGUCACUGUGACGGCCAUCCGGCGCCAACCCAUUCCAUGCAGUCUGGUCAUCACGGUGGUCCCGGAGGGUUUGGUGGCUUCCAUGGUGGUCAUUAA